AGACACCAACAGAGAACAAAAAACCAAAUCAAACCACCAUUAUUGACACACACACACACAGAGCAACCAAAAAUCAAAAUGGGCUGGUCAGAAUCAGAGAGAGGACUCUGCAAGAAGCACCCAGAAGUGAAGCAGUUCCCCGGCGCCGUCUGCUCGACAUGUCUCAGUGAAAAGCUCUCUCAGCUCUACGCUCCCUCCUCCAUUUCCGACAGAAAACUAACUGCAGAUUUCUUGGGUUACGGCUUCCUCCCAAUCCACUCUUGCUCUUCUUCUAACUACUCCUCCGCUUCCUCAUCACCCCACGCCUCUCCUCCGGUGAUCAAUCCCGGCCGUCGAGGGCACCACCAGCGCAACGCGUCGGAGGUCAUGGGCCGUUCGAUAUCUUUCAUGUUCAGCAGUGAUGGGACUAAGCAGGGUGGAGGGCAUGGGUUGAUGAAGAAGAGCAGAUCGGUUGCGGUGGUGACGAGGAGUGCUGGAAGUCAUAGCUUUGGAGAUCAGGUGGUGAUGAGGAGUGGGAAGAAGAAACGAGGGUUUUGGUCGAAGCUGAUUAGGGGGACGGGGAGGAAGACCAAGCAGGUUUUUAAGCACUCCAAGAGUGCUCUAAGAUGAUCAAGAGGAAGAAGAAACCCUAGAGUAGUAGGUAUUAGUUUUUUUGUUUUCAAAGAAAACUGGGUAUAUAUAAAAAAAUUUCCUUUUUUUUUUUUUUUGGUAGUGGAUCAUAAGAUUGGAUGUGAGAUUUCAAUGUGGAAUUGAUGGUGAUUUUGUAUGAAUUGCACUGUUUGAGAGAUUAUAUGGUUAUGUUCUUCAUUUUCUAUCA